AUGUCAUUCAGGAAGAUCACCAGACUCAUGAAACUUUUCUUCCUCAGCUUGUUUGUGGCCUUUUUCACCUCUGGCAAUAUGGUAACUGCCAAGGAGCAGCUCCGAGGGACCACUGCCCGAGAACUCUUGUCUGCAACUUCCACCCCCCUUACUGUGGAUGUGAUCCCAACCCCAGCCCCCACGCUUCCGCCACUUCACGCAACAGCAGCUCCUGUGAUGGUCCAUGUAAUCACUGCGCCUCCCACAAUCACCCCAACCGGUUCACCAUCAGAAGCUCCAACAGUGACUCCACCUUGCUAUGACCCUGAAGCUGGGGAACCAUUCCUGAUGUAA